AUGGAUACACUUUUUAUUGCAGUAACUCUGGCUCUCGCUCUCUCCUCUUUCACAAGAGGCCAGAGAGUGAUACAGAUUCCACCACCACGUCCACUAUGCGCGUCUCAAUACGCCCUAGCUAACUACGCCUGCUCACGUCUCCCAAUGCACACUGUCCCACCACCUGCCCCCAUUACCCCACCUCCUGCUCCCAUCGCUCCCCCGCCUCCUGAACAUGACCACCACGACCACGACCAUGACCAUGACCACGACCACGACCACGACGAUGACCACGAUGAUGAUGAUGACCAUGACCACGAUGAUGACCACGAUCACGACCAUGACGAUGAUCACGACCAUGACGACGAUGACCGUGACCGUGACCGUGACCGUGACCGCGACCGUGACCGUGACCGCGAUCAUGACCGUGCUCACGAUGACCAUGACCAUAACCAUGACCAUGACAAUGAUCACAAUGACAACAAUCACGACCAUAAUCAUGACGCCGACCACCACAACAAUGACGACAACAGCCACGAUCAACACCGCCGUCGACACCACCGCCACCACCACCGCCACCAUCAUCGACACAGAGAAGAGACGUUUGCGCAACAAGAGUGCUGCAAGUGGUUGAAGCAAAUGGACAACGAGUGCGUGUGCGACCUUCUGGUCCGGCUUCCGCCAUUGCUAGCCAAACCAAUUCAUAACUAUACAGUCUUUGUGGAUGAGUCAUGUAUCGUCACUUUCGUCUGUGGAGGCAGACUCAUUAGCUGA